AUGAGUAAAGUCCUCGCAACUGGAACCUACCAGAUCCGCAACGGCAACACGGGUCAGUGGAUCAACCUACCCGCUGGCGGAGGCACUGGCACCGUCGUGCUCCUCUCCAACGGUCUUGGGGGUGCGAACGACGCGUGGAAUUUCGCCCCGAGCGCGGAGAAGGGCUGGAUUAUCCAGUCCUACGACUCGGGCGACUUCCUCUCCGUCAAUAGCAGCAACCAAGUUGUGACGAGCUCCACGCCCUACUACUGGAACGUUUUCAAGCCGACGAACGCGAUCGCCAACUCCGUGCCGUAUUCUUACUUCCUUCAGAGUGCGUCUACGCAAUAUGUGCUGGGCACUAUCACUCAGGAUAUUAAUGUCCCCGUCCAAUAUGAGGCCGAAAGUGACAACGACAACAGACAGUUCUGGCAGUUAAUUACGACAAGCGUUUUUGAUGCUUAA